AUGAGACAUAGGGUAAGAUUUCCAAAAAAAUAUAAUUGAUUAGAUUAAAUAAUAUAGAAAGAAUAUAAGCCUGAUCAUUUUGUUGAAAAAGAAUUUUAAUAACUUAAAAAUUAAGUUAAUAAUGCCUAACAUUAUGAUAAUUAUGGAAUUUGUCUUUAUCAUAAAUAAAUUUCAUAUCAUUUCUAAUACCAAGAGUAAUGCAUUCAUUUAGGGAUUUUGGCCAAAUAAUUUCUUAGAAAUUUUCUAAAGUUUUUUAAGACAUUUUUCAAAGUAUUCUUAAAGAAAAUAAAAUAAUUCUCAAACAAAUUAUCGAGUUAAAUUUUACAAAUCCUUUAAAUUUUGAUUUUUACACAUACAAGUGAGGCAAGGCUUUAUAUUCAUCAUCAUAGUUCAUUUUAAUGAUGAUAAGAUUAAGCUUGAAAUAUGAGCAAAAACGGAUUAUUUGCAAAACAACCAAGAGUUUAAAAUAAGAUCAGAGCUUAAAGAAGUAUUCCCGAAAUUUGAAACUGUAACUCAGUUCUUCAAUAAAAAUAUUACGAUUAAUUAAACAAAAAAUUUAAUGGGAAUUUUAAUGUAAUAGUAAUUAAGGAUUUUAUAGGUCUGUUCUAUCACUAAUGAUUAAAAAUAUUUAGAUGAGGUAAUUUAUAAAUUUUAAUUAUAGGUUUCAUUUAUAUUAUCUGGAAAAUUCAAAAUUUUUCUGCAUUAACUAAGAUAUUUGAAUGGAUAAUUUAAUAAAUAAAAAGAGAUCAACCUAUUAGUUUGUCCUUUGGAUAUAAUUCAAAUUAAAUUGUAAUUCAAGGAUUUUUAAAAUGAGCUAACUUAAAUUUGCAGAUCUAAAAUUAAUUAUACUAGAGGAUAUGUACUCAAAUAUAUUGAAAAAUAUAUUUCAAAAAAAGUUAAAUGA